AUGGUGCCCCUCAAGAAGGCGAAGAAGUCUACCGAGAGCAUUAACAAUAGGCUGGCCCUGGUAGUGAAGUUGGUAAUAAUUUCUAACAACUACCCUCCCCUCCGCAAGUCUGAGAUUGAGUACCAUGCAAUGCUUGGAAAGGUUGGGGUUCAUCAUUUUAAUGGAAAUAAUGUCGAUCUUGGUACUGCUUGCGGUAAAUAUUUCCGUGUAUGCUGUCUCAGCAUUGUCGAUCCAGGCGACUCUGAUAUAAUAAAGUCACUCCCUAGAGCUCGUUGA